CAGGCCUGCUCCUUCUCUCCACCAAAGUUACAAGCAAUCAUCUCCAUCGAUCGCGUCACCUCCCAUCGAUCGAUCAGUUCCUCUCACAUCACCCACAUUCUUCUCCAGUCCAGCUCCCCGGCCGGAGUCUCUGAUCGCUGCAGAUCGAGAGGAAGAAAUGUUGUCGUCGCACCCGCACGACGCGGCCAGCAUGCUGCCGUACGUGCCGCGCCCGCCGUCGCUGCUGGUGGACCGCCGCUACAGGACGGGCGCCGAGGUGGCGCCCAGCUGCCCACGCUGCGACUCGCCCAACACCAAGUUCUGCUACUACAACAACUACAGCCUCACCCAGCCCCGCUACUUCUGCAAGGGCUGCCGACGCUACUGGACCAAGGGCGGCUCCCUCCGCAACGUGCCCGUCGGGGGCGGCUGCCGCAAGAACCGCCGGGGUAAGUCCUCCUCCUCGGUGCGCCUGGCUGCCGACUCCUUCUCGGCCGGCCGGGACGCCGCGUUCGGUAGUUUCCCCGGCCCGCUCCGGCCGGACAUGGUCCUGGAAGGCAUGGUCGGCGGCAGCGGCCAGGCGAACCCUGGCCAGGCGACGCACACCGCCGCCGACGGGUCGUCCAUCGACCUCGCAAUGCUCUACUCCAAGUUCCUCAACAACCAGCAGCAGCCGCCCGCCGACAGCCUCGUCGGCGCCGUCACGCCAGACUCCACCAGCGACGAGGCAUUCGACACGUUCAGCGCGUCCAGCGACCUCAGCCCGGGCGCCGUUCUGGCGCCGCCGGGGCUGGACGGGUUCGGCGAAUGGUCCGGACCGUUGAGCGCCAGCGCUGACACCACGAGCGCGGCCACCAUGCUGUGCACGGACGCGAGCGUGCAGGCGGCGCUCGGCGAACUCAACUUCGCCAUGGACCAGAGCUGCUUCGACUCGCUAGGGCUGCCCACGGACGGCGCCGCGGGCAACCUCUCCUCGUGGUGCUCCAUCGUGCCGAGCUUGUCCACUUGGGAGGAGCCCAAGUACGACUCGCUCGAUUCCUUCCCCGACGACACCAUGAGCCUCCAUGAGGGCAUUCUUGCUGCCGAUCAUGACUGGACCGCGGAUUGCCAAGGCUUGGAGGCUCUCUACAUGCCCUGAGUACACGAUUCAUUUGGUGUUAUUUUUGUUGACAAUUCCUUCCUUUUUCUUUCUUUUUAAUUUAGUUUCAUUGGAAGAACUACAAAUAUACAUAGAUACCUAUAUAUAUAGUAUAUACUACUGUAUAAUGUAUGUUUUGAAAAGAGAGGAGGGGAUGAGGUAAUUACUCAUGUGAAGGAACUGAGGUUCAGUAUACUUGUGAAAUAGAUGUAAUCAGUCACCAGAAUAA